UCCGACUAGUACUCCACACCAACUGCUCACUCACCCUCCCACCUCAGCUCGUACAUAAGUGUGGGCAGAAUCAAAGUAUUGCCGAACUCUAAACUCAGCGCUGAAAGUGGUGUUGGUGGAUUGAUAAGUUGAUGUAUCUAAUGGCAUGCAUGCCUUCCUGCGGCACCUUCCAUGCACCUUUAGUGUCUUCUUGCCUGAGGAGGAAAUUCACAGUGGUGGCCACGGCUUCCAAGGCCAAGGUUGGAACUCCCGGAAAGGCCUUCACUCAAGUUCAAUUCGCGCAACCAUUCCCACCUGAAAAGAAGGAAGUUUUCGAUUCAUUGGAGCGCUGGGCAGAGGACAACAUCCUGGUCCUGUUGAAGCCAGUAGAGAAAUCCUGGCAGCCGCAGGACUACCUGCCAGACCCUUCCUCGGAUGGAUUCUAUGAUGAAGUCAAGGAGUUGAGGGAACGGGCCAAGGAGAUCCCAGAUGACUACUUGGUCUGUCUGGUUGGUGACAUGGUCACUGAGGAAGCACUCCCUACUUACCAGACCAUGCUCAAUAUCCUCGAUGGUGGUGUCGGUGAUGAUACGGGCACCAGCCCAGCCAGCUGGGCUGUCUGGACGAGGGCAUGGACGGCCGAGGAGAACAGGCACGGUGAUCUCAUGAACAAGUACAUGUACCUCACUGGGAGGGUUGAUAUGAGGCAGAUUGAGAAGACCAUACAGUAUCUCCUUGGUGCUGGCAUGGAUCCAAAAACCGAGGGCAACCCAUAUCAGGGCUACAUCUACACAUCUUUCCAAGAGAGGGCAACCUUCAUAUCUCACGGCAACACUGCAAGGCACGCCAGGAAGUACGGGGACCUGAAGCUGGCUCAGGUAUGUGGCACCAUCGCUGCCGACGAGAAGCGCCAUGAGACGGCCUACACCAAGAUUGUGGAGAAGCUCUUCGAGGUUGACCCCGACUACACGGUGCUGGCCUUCGCCGCGAUGAUGAGGAAGAAGGUCACGAUGCCCGCCCACUUGAUGUACGACGGGCAGGACGACAACCUGUUUGAGCACUUCAGCGCGGUGGCUCAGCGGCUGGGCGUCUACACCGCCAUGGAUUACGCCGACAUCCUCGAGUUCCUGGUCCAGAGGUGGAACGUCGCCAACCUCACCGGGCUGUCUGGGGAAGGGAGGCGGGCUCAGGAUUUCCUCUGCUCACUGGGACCAAGGUUCAGGAAACUGGAGGAGAGGGCUCAGGGCAGGGCGAAGCAGUUGCCGGUUGUUCCUUUCAGCUGGAUCCAUGGUCGCCAAGUGCAACUUUGAGUGACAUUGCAAAACAAUUAUAAGACGGUUUGUUCUUAUUUUCAAAAUAUGAAGUAAUUGUUGACUUGUGUAUAAACAUAUCUACACUGCGUGUGCCAAAGAAGCUUAAAAUAACAUAAUUAUAUCAUGAA